UUGCAGUUGCCGGCAGUGACAAACACCAAUAUUUAUUUAUAACUGAUAGCAUCGUGUGUUUAAAUUCAAUUCACAUAUCGAACGGGAGCCCUUCCGCCCACUAAAAACUGGUUUUCUGAAUUAGGAGACAAAAAUAUGUUGCACUUAUAAUCGUUUCCGUUACUUCCGCCUAUAGUGUCUGUCGGCUCAGGCCGCAUUCUGUUAAAAUGUUGUACAUUAAGACUUAAGUAGAUGAUUUCGUUCAUUUCGUGAUCGCAUGGGCCAUUUUGCCGCGCUAGCUGUUUCCCGUCGCUAGUCCAUGAAGCCCGGGGUCUUGCAUUUGUUGAUUUGCACAAUAAUGCAUCACACCAGAAUGUAAAGCACUCGUCUGUCAUUUGUAUGCACAGCCUGGAAUUCAUUGUUGUUUGGCUGCAGUCGCGUCUAAGUUUGCAAACUGCAGAAGAUUCCUCUUUUUGCCCUUUACGCCAGUUGUCCUUACGAUAGCCAAGAUGUCGUCAAAAAAAGUCAUGGAGAACAUACCACUCAACUUCCCGUUACUAUCCUCGCUGCCAUUCUUUAGUGCCACGGCAGUUGCUUUCGUUUGCCAGAUCAUUGUUAUGUGCUUGGCAUGGUUUGUUGGACGAACCCAGUUCAGCUUGUGGUGGAUUUUUCUGGGAGCACUCAUGUGGUGGCUUGCGAUUCGAAGCAAAGAAAAAGCGCAGAACAUGCGGCGAGCUUAUGAUGGAUUGCAGAAUAACGAUCAAAAAUUUAUUCGGGAUAGAGUCGAGGAAUUGCCCAGCUGGGUGUACUUCCCUGAUCAGGAACGAGCGGAAUGGUUCAACCGCAUGAUGCAUCAGCUGUGGCCGUUUAUGAAUCUUUACUUGCAGAACCUCAUCAUCAGCAUUAUGGAACCUGCUGUUAACAACGCUUUGCCAAAAAUUAUGAAGUUCGAGUUUGAACGCAUUACCAUGGGAGACGAAGCGCCUAGAGUUGGUGGCAUGAAGGUUUACAAAGAGCAUAUUGCCCGCGGAGAAAUCGUUAUGGAUGCCCAGAUUUUGUAUGCCGGCGACUGUGAAGUGAAAGCCCGUGUUGGUAAAUUCAGGAUUGGCUUUAAUCAGAUCACUCUCCAGGGCACAAUGCGAAUUAUUUUCAAACCUUUGGUGCGGGAGAUGCCGUUUGUUGGCGGUAUUACUGCUUUCUUCCUGAGUACUCCGGCUGUGGAUUUUAAUUUGACGGAUUUGGCUGAUGUUAUGGAUAUUCCUGGCCUUAGUGAACUGAUGCGCAAAGUUGUUCAAGAACAAAUAAACUAUUUUACCGUUUUGCCCAAUAAAAUUACGAUUCCACUGAUUCAAAAUCUGUCCAAAUAUGACCUAAAGUUUAUUCCGCCUGAUGGCGUUUUGAGAGUUUUUAUUGCCGAAGCACAGGAAUUGGAGCGAGCGGAUGUCGGUUUGAUUGGAAAAGGAAAGUCUGACCCAUAUUGCGUUGUGAAGGUUGGAGCUCAAAUUUUUCAGACUCAAGUCAUUAAGGAGAAUAUCAAUCCCAACUGGAGCGAAUAUUUUGAGUUCAUUGUGGAUCAGGCUAGCGGUCAGUCUUUGGAAAUUGAAGUUUUCGACAAGGAUAAAGGCAAUAAUGACGACUUCCUUGGGCGUUUAACGAUGGAUGUGUUUCCAAUUGUUAAAGAGGGAACUGUGGAUAAGUGGUUCCGCUUGGAAGAUUGUGAAACAGGAAACAUCCGUGUCCGAUUAUAUUGGUUAGGGCUGUCUUCGGAAGCAAACCUAAUUAAUUCAGUCAUUCGAGAAACCACCAUGUUAAGUGAUCGUACCCAUUUGUCAUCGUGCAUGCUGAUGGUAUUUAUUGACUGCGCAACAGCUCUUCCAAAUGUAAAGAAGAUCGCAUCCGAGCCACAUCCGUACUGUGUCGCUACUGUCGGAAAGCAGUCUUACACCACCGUUGUGGCCAAACGAACUUACGACCCUGUAUGGGAAUCACAGACAUCUUUCCUGAUUUCCGACCCUAAAAGUGAUGUGAUCAAAUUCGAAGUCAUGGAUUCUAAAUCCUCGAAAAAGCUUGGCUGGAUAGAAGUUCCCCUGCGGUCCUUGCUUGAGAAAAAUAAUAUGGAUGCCAGUGGUUUAUUUGCUCUAAAGAAUUCUGGGCCUCAUAGUGAGCUGCGCUUGAAUCUACGUCUCCGUUUACUAAAAGCCAUAUCUCUGCCGGAAGCGAUGGCUACCGCACAAAAAAUGGACUUGAAUCCUUCUCUUACUGCCAAUGCUGAUGCCACCGGUCGGAUGCCGAAAGAGCGCACUCCGCCUGAGGGUACGCCCAUUUCCGCUCAAGAAUUCAAGGAAGGAGCUGGAUCUGGAGAUGAUCAUUUUGACGGGGGAAGUGUUGGCAAUGUUCGAGUGCCAGUAGAUCUGGAAGCGGAAAGUGAACUGCGACAGCGAAACAGUACAUCGGCAGCUGCUCGGCUUACUAUGCGCUGGGGUGAAUCUCGUCGUGCUUUAUUUGUCGCUGUCCAUGAAGUGCGCAACAUUUCCAAGCUGGUGCGCAAUCACAAUGUCGGAAAUGCUCACUAUGUGUCGGUCACCUGCAAUGUUGGCCAGACCAAAACUAAGCGGCGCACAAAGGAAUUCAUCGGCGAUCCGGAUCAGCAAAGUUAUGAGGAAACUCUUGAUUUCCCGAUUGACGAUGAGCAGCUUCUGAAAACAGCUUAUUUGGAGCUGAAGGUGAAAGCGAAGAGUGGCCCAUUCGCUAAGGAUGCCGUGGUCCAAACGAUUGUCUCACUGGAGAAUGUUAUUGGAGUGUCGUCGCAUACCGACUGGUAUACUCUGGAAGAAGCGGAUGCCAAGUGACGGUUACAGCGCUCCCGGUUCCACUUGACGCUUUUUGCAAACCGCAAAAGAAAAUAAUCUUUUAUUUUAUGGUGCUCACAUACCGGUACAAGCGAACCGCGGUGAAAUGAUGGCUGCAUUUGUGGUUUCGCAAUUCGCACUCUUUUUAUUGUGGCUUGAAUAGCACUGGCAUAUGCUAUGCUGCUUAUUGGUUAGUAAUGGUGAUAAUUCAAUAGUGAGAAAUUUUAAAAAUGGUUUUAUUGCGGUACUUACAAUACUGGAUAAAACUCGUCCACGUAAUUAUAUUGUGUUGAGUUCUAAUGAUUUGCGGUAGUCGUGACAUAUUUUUGGUCUUUCUUAGAUUAAAAUUGCUGUAUUCUUGUAUUUUCGCGGUCAAUAAAGUUACACAAGGAGUG